AGGGCCAUCCAUGGGCCUCGUCCAUCAGUCUGCCACGUGGACGGUGAUCACAUCGUCCCGCUACCUAUAUAACUCUCUCUCUCGCAACCGUGUUCUCAGCAAACCGUUCUAACCUCCGUCUCCCGAGAUACGGCCGACGAGCUGAUUUUUCCGGAUUCGACAUCGAGGAGCCAUGGUUGGAAGCGUUGGAUUGAUUUCCUGUGGUCUGCCCGAGAAGAUUGAGCCGUUGCCGGAAGAGUUCGAUCCUAAGGAGAUAUCGGAGCCGUUGAUCGAGUCUCUUGCGGGCGUCAACGGUGCAGAUCACGGGGAAGACAUCAGCAGAGAGAUCGUGCUCGGACGGAACGUUCAUACGACGUGUUUCGCCGUCACGGAACCAGAUGCAGAUGAUGAGGUUACUGGCGAAAGGGAAGCUUACAUGGCCGGCGUGUUGGCUAAGUACCGGAGAUGUCUUAUCGAAAGAACCAAGCAUCAUUUGGGUUACCCAUAUAAUCUGGACUUUGAUUAUGGUGCUCUAGGGCAGUUGCAACAUUUCUCCAUCAACAACUUGGGGGAUCCCUUUAUUGAAAGCAAUUAUGGUGUCCAUUCCAGACAAUUUGAAGUGGGGGUGUUAGAUUGGUUUGCCCGUCUUUGGGAGUUAGAGAAGAAUGAGUACUGGGGAUACAUCACAAAUUGCGGUACAGAAGGCAAUCUACAUGGGAUUCUGGUUGGGAGGGAAGUGUUCCCAGAUGGUGUUUUGUAUGCUUCCCGGGAUUCUCAUUACUCUGUCUUUAAAGCAGCCCGGAUGUACCGAAUGGAAUGUGUAAAGGUGGAUACUCUGGUCUCUGGUGAGAUUGAUUGUGCAGAUUUCAGGACCAAACUCCUCGAGAACAAAGACAAACCAGCCAUAAUCAAUGUCAACAUUGGAACAACUGUUAAGGGAGCUGUCGAUGAUCUCGAUCUAGUUAUUAAAACACUUGAAGAUAAUGGAUUCAAACACGACCGGUUCUACAUUCACUGCGAUGGUGCUCUGUUUGGGCUCAUGAUGCCUUUUGUGAAGCGUGCGCCAAAGGUGACAUUUAAGAAGCCAAUCGGGAGUGUGAGUGUUUCUGGGCACAAGUUUGUUGGAUGCCCAAUGCCAUGCGGCGUUCAGAUAACGAGAUUGGAACACAUCAACACCCUCUCGAGGAAUGUUGAGUAUCUUGCUUCCAGGGAUGCCACCAUCAUGGGCAGCCGAAACGGUCAUGCCCCAAUCUUCCUCUGGUACACCUUGAACCGGAAAGGCUAUGGAGGGUUCCGGAAGGAAGUCCAGAAGUGCCUGAGGAACGCCCAUUACUUGAAAGACCGGCUUCGAGCUGCCGGCAUUGGUGCCAUGCUUAACGAGCUCAGCAGCACCGUCGUGUUCGAGCGCCCACGUGAUGAGGAAUUCAUCCGUCGCUGGCAGCUCGCCUGCCAGGGGAACAUUGCUCAUGUUGUGGUGAUGCCAAACAUCAACGUCGACAAGCUCGAUGAUUUCAUGGACGAACUGAUUAAGAAGCGAUCAAGCUGGUUCCAGGAUGGGAAGAUACAGACUCCUUGCAUUGCAGAUGAGAUAGGGAAGGAAAAUUGUGCUUGUGUUCUGCAUAACUGAUGUGUACGGGUUAGUCACGCCCUCACCCGAGCUGUUAUGUUUUCCUUCUGUUUGUAGUCGUAGCAGUAAGUAGUAGUGGGCCCUCUGAAUUGUUGAAUGCAAGCGUCCAGAUGGGAAGGAAGAAAAACUCUGUUAUUUGUUGCAGAUGAAUAUUUUGAUAGGAAGACGGUUGCCUUCGACAGAAUACAUAGAGCUGUAGUCAUUGCAUUUGAGAUGAUUCCUGUUUUAGGAAUGUUAGGAGUGGCGUAACUGCAAAGCUUGAUGAUGACACGAUGGAAAAUACCUCUGUUUGCAAUAUAAACUUUUUCUUGGAGGGCC